AUGUCAAGAGUAAAGAGAAUCGCCAAGGAACUUGAAGAAUGUCGUCAAGAUACCCAAAGUGGAGUGAAUCUUGAACUCGUCAACGAAAGUGACUUGACUCAUCUUAUUGGACUUUUCCAGGGUCCACCGGGUACACCAUAUGAGAAGGGCGUGUUCAAAGUUGACAUCGUCAUUCCAAAUGAGUACCCUUUCAAGCCACCUGUGAUGAAGUUCAACACUAAGAUCUAUCACCCCAAUAUUUCAUCCGUUACGGGUGCCAUUUGCUUGGAUAUUUUGAAGGAUGCCUGGACCCCAAUCUUGACUUUGAAAUCUUCCUUGAUUUCAUUGCAAUCAUUGCUCCAGUCCCCAGAGCCCAAUGAUCCACAGGAUGCUGAAGUUGCCAAGCAUUAUAUCACCAACAAGAAAGGAUUCGAAGACACUGCAGCUUAUUGGACCAAGCUUUACGCUGCUGACGAGAGUGCGGUUGGAAAAACCGAGGUUAGCGAUGCUGCCCUCUAUGGAAUUGAUGAGGGCAUUGUCAGCCAAUUCGAAAAUAUGGGAUUCCAGAGAGCCACUUCCAUUGAUGUUUUGAGAAGAAUGGGAGUGAAGAGUUUCGAUGGAGUGAGUAACAGAGCAGAAUUAGAGAACAAAAUCUUGGAGGAGUUGUUGAAGGAAUCCAACUAA